ACGACUGGCAAACGAAAUCCCCUCGGAUAAUCAUCGCCAUAUCGAGAGUGAAGAACCUUGCAAAUAGACAGUAUUUAUCCAAAAUCAAGUGUCUCAGUGCCAAUAUUUACCUACCUACCUACCUACUUGCAUUCGCAUAUAUCGGUGACUCGCGGCCGGUGAUUGUCGUACGAAAAUAUGUCUUUCAUAAUGGAGAAGCUGUUCAAUGGCUACAACCAGUUCAUAUUGGAUCAUCGAGAUAGUCGGAGUGCCGACUUACCGCUGAUGGAUGCCAACUGGCAAGUGCCAGCAAUAAUUGCGGUCUACCUGUUGGCGGUGCUCAAGUUUGGGCCCCGCUUCAUGGAGAACCGUAAGCCGUACGAUCUGAAGAAUUUUAUUCGGCUGUACAAUCUGGUCCAGGUCGCUGCCAACAGUUGUUUCUUCCUGUAUGAGCUAUACCUCCUUUGGAAUCGCCCAAACUUCUCCUACGUUUGUCAACCCGUCGAUUUAUCCAGAACUACCCAGGGUUACGAAGAGCUCUACAUAUCGUACGCUUACUUCCUGCUGAAGGUGAUGGACCUGGCGGACACCAUGUUCUUUAUCCUGCGUAAAAAGCAAUCGCACGUUUCGUUCCUGCACGUAUACCACCACGCCAUUAUGGUUGGCAUGACCUACUAUGGAGUGCUGUUCGUACCAGGAGGCCACAUCUACCUGCUGGGUUUGUGGAACACCCUGGUCCACGCUGUGAUGUAUAUGUACUACUACUUCGCCUCCUACGGAUCCCCGCUGGCCGCCCGGUGCAAGAAAUAUAUGACCCGCAUGCAACUGAUACAGUUCAUCCACCUGGGUAUCCACUUUGGGCGACCAGCUCUGAGCCGGAUGGACUGCGGAUUCCCGCUGCUGUGGCACUGGAUCGGAUUUGGUCAAGCGCUCUUAAUUCUGGGCAUGUUCAUCAACUUUUACAUCAAGUCAUACGUGACGAAAUCGAAGAAACACUGAGAAGACUACGAUCAACAAAAGCAGACGCUUGCGGGUGUGGAUGAUACGGGAAAGCAGUGCUUGGGUUUUUUCUAGCGUACUCGGAAAACUACAGCAAUGCGCUGAUUUUCGAAGGUGAUGCUGAUUGGUCGGUUCCGUGAACCGUUCUCAGUUAAGCUGUUGUACACUGGGUAAGUCAUAUUGUGAUAUGAGUACUCUCUAGAAUUAAGACUGUAUGCGGCAAUACUUUUGAUACAGUAAUAAUUCUAAAUGAUUAGUGAUAAAA